AAACCAUUGCUGUCCUGGCUUUGCAAGUUGGGAUAGUUCUAUUUAGGAAUGAUACCAAUUUGAAUAAUUGUCCAUCUAAUAAUGCUUAAAUCACUAGUAACUUUAUGGCUUGUUUCACUUACUGUACCAUUCUAUAUUCUGCAAACAUACUGUAUCCAUUAAAAAGAAAGAUUAAGAACAAAAUGUAUUGGGCAGGUUCUCCUAAGAAAGGAGACCAUCACAGGUCUCUGGAUGAACAGUUCUGGUCUUGCUUGUUUCUCUUUAGAAACUUAAGGGAAUUCAGGAUGGAGAAGAGUGUGCUCUGUAGUGAGCUGUGGUAGGCUGGAAGGAUUCAAAUUGAGGGACAGUUACAUCUGAGUGUUUACAGUCGUGAAUACUGGAAUCAGGGCUUGGAAAGUAGCUUUCAUUUGAAAUCAUUAUUUUUAAACUUGCUUAUAACUUUCCUAACAAUUUUUCUUCAGGGUUGAAGCUUCCCAAAGCUGACUAUAUUUGGAAAGUAUAAUGUUACUCAUGGACUAUUCUCCUAAUGAUCUGUGGGCAAAGGUUACAUAAAUACGGAUUAACUGCCCAAAAACUUUAUUAAUGCAGUUAAGGUUAUUUAGUGCUCCAUUGUGGACUUACAGAAUAUGGACAGAGGAUAAACAUAACCCUCUGAAAACCAAGAAAUACAAUUAAGGUUAUGUGUCCAACACCAAACCUGACCUACCCCUAACAAAUUCUGCCAUUUUGUGUGUUGUCUAAUCCAAUUCUAUACUAUCAUUCCCCUUUGUACACUCUGUGGCCCUCAUUGUUAGGUGCCAGAGCUGGCACUGCCUUUUGAGGAGAGGUUGCAGCAGCAGUGAGAGGAGUUGGGGUCCUUCUUUUCUGGGUGCUUAUACACACCAUCGGAAGAGAAGAUCACAAUGGGUGUGUCCUACGCUGCAACAAAAGGCUGUGGCCGGCCUGGGUCAGCUUGAGCUUCGGCGCUAUAAAAUAGCCGUGUAGAUGUUUGGCCUCAGGCUGGAGCCCAGGCUCUGAGAUCCCAUGACGGGGGAGGAUCGCUGAGCUUGGGCUUCAGCCCGUGGUCAAACAUCUACUGUGAAAUGACAUAGCCUUAGAUUAUGAGCCUGAGUCAGCUGACCCAGGCUCGGCGAAUCAGUGCCAGGGGUUUUUUAUUGCAGUGCAAAUAUCCCCAAUGUCUCUUUGUCUCUAACAUCUAAGAAUAUAUGAAAGGAGUUUCAGGUUUGCUCAGACAGACGCCGUUGACAUUGCCGUAGGUAUGUCAAGAAAACGGGGGAAUAUGAUUGCUUAUCUCAGUCUAACACUCUUGCGUAUUCUCAAUGCCCACUAGAACUCUAUAGCUGCAUUGCCAUUCACCAAUGCCUUUCUGCCGCACCAUUGUACUGGGGAGCUGUAGCCAACUGCUGGCACAUAUCACAGAACAAGGCUCAGUCAGGGGCAGCCAAACAUGGGGUCCUAGAGGGAAUUCUGAGGCCAGGGAUGAACAUUUAUAAAUAUCUAGUAGCUCUUCAGGGGUUUGUGAGGAGUAGGCAAAUGGUUGAGUGUAAGUCAGGCUUAGCUAACUACUGUUCAAGUCUAACCUAAGGUUGGCCAAAACCUAAGAGUUCUUCUUUGAGUGCUUGUUCCUGUCCAUUCCAACCAGGUAUGUGCGCGCCGCGGGCACACCAGUCGGAAGAUUUUUCCCUUAGCAGAGUCCGAAGGGUCGGCCUGGUCGCCCCCUGGAGUCGUGCCUUCAUGACGCCCAAUAUAGCACCCUGCCAGCCCCCCACCCCCUCAGUUCCUUCUUACUGCCAGUGACGGCUAGCUGGAACAUCGCUCGCUCUCAUGGCAAGCACUUUGGCAGUGUCUUCUGUAGUUUUUUGUACAAAUGGUUUAAAUAGUUAGUUAAUUAGAAGUUCGUUAAUUACAGUUGUGGUAGUUUAGAUUUGUUUGGGGGGUUUCUCACCAACAACAACUUCCUCACCUCUGGGGUAUGCCUGAGUUCCCAGGGUUUAAGCCCUGUGAGGACUGUGGCAAGUUUAUGCCCAAGAAUGACCCUCGCUCUUCCUGUCUGCGGUGCCUUGGGGAGAGGCACCAGAAGGACAGGUGCAGGAUCUGUAAAGGUUUCCGACCCAGAGCCCUUAAAGACUGGGAGCAGAGACUUAAAAUCCUGCUAAUGGAGGCGGCAAUACAACCACGCUCUGACUCCGGGCCCGCUGAACCCUCGCUGAGUACCUCUUCGUCAGUACGCAGUACUCUGGCGCCGACAGCACAUGAACUGGUGCCAACUAAGGACCCUCGGCACCACCAUGGCUUGGGCCAUAAGACACCAUUGUCGGUGUGGCACUGCUCUCAAUCCCCAGUGCUGCUAAAGAAGGAAAGGCCGGAGAGGGGUUGGUCCCUCCCGCCAAAGUCUAAAGGUUCGGUGGUGUCCACGGGUAUCUCAUGACAGAACACCUUGUCCCUGCAGCCCAGUCAAGUCUGAAACCCCCACGGUCCCCGGAUUGCCAAGGUGACCAGCUCCCAUCUACGCCGGAGGCGUUUGAGACAGCCAAGGACCUGAUGCACCUCUCGGUGCCGACCUCCUCACAGAGGAGGGCCAAGUCGCCGGUGACUGCGCAGCGCCACAUCCAGUCUAGGGGCAAACCAGUGCUGAUGGCACACCGAUCUCCAGCCCCGGCGCACAUCUCCCCACCACAGCCCAUCCAUGUAGGAGAGCCACACCGAUCCCCGGCCUCUUGGCACCUCUCUCCAGCAGCCCAGGGCACAGCUCCUCCGUGGUCUUCCUAUUCGGAGACCCCAGAGUUGGAGGCGGACUCCUACCAUCUCAGCAGGUCCAGGAGCAGGAGGUCCAGAUCCUGCCGGAGCCACCAGCCCUACCCGGCACCAUGGCCUCGGCAGUGGCAGCCAUAGUUUCAGUGGCCCUUUUGGAUACCCUGGGCAUACCACCGGAGCCAGGGACAGGUCCAAGGUCCCAGUUGGCGUCGGUGUCAUCAGUGUCCUUUGUCCCACCGCAAGCAACGCUGGCACUGCCGACCAAAGCGCCCGCCCUGCUGUUACAAACAACAGCUCCAGCACUGACCAGCGGCACCGGCAACAGCUUUGGCUCCGACUCCAUCUAGCGGCUCCUGCACUGACUGCAGCACCGAGGCUUCAACCUCCAGCGGCCUCGGCACCACAUCCCACGGAAUACUGCGUGCCAAGAGAUCCAAAGGUGCUGAAGGCAGUGAGCAGGGUCUGCUGCCAGGCCUCUCUUCAUCCUUGCCGGAUGAAGCGGUUGCGGGGGCGUCGAUGGACCCAGCUCUGGAGGAUAAUCGGGUUCUCCAGCAGCUCCUGCGCUGUGCUGCCCAAAGCCUGGGCAUUCAGGCAGAGGAGGUGGUGGAGGAAUCGAACCCACUUGUGGACAUCCUCGGGUCCAUCGCGGGUAGCCCUACUACUGAUUAAGGUAAUAAUUGAAACGACGAAAUCCCUGUGGCAGACCCCUGCUUCUCUGGCCACUACGGCCAAAAGAUACAAAUGGCAUUAUUUUGUCCCUUCAAAGGGGUAUAAACACUUAUACCCCUCCACCCCCCCGACUCGUUGGUAGUUGAUGCAGCCAAUCAGUGGCAGCGCCAGGGUUUCCAGGAUCCCACCCUGAAAAAUAGGGAGGCGAAGAGACUCGACCUGUUCGGCAGGAAGUUCUAUUCAACAGGGGGACUACAGCUCUGCAUCGCAAACCAGCAGGCUAUCGUAAGCAGAUAUGCGCAUAAUACCUGCGCUGCGAUGACCAAGUUUGCAGAGCUCCUGCUACAGGACUCUCGUACUGAGUUCUCCGCAUUAGUGGAGGAGGGGAAGCCGUUCUCCCGAGCUACCCUACAGGCGGCUUUGGACGCGGCGGAUGCAGCCUCACGUACACUAGCCACGGGGGUUGUAAUGAGUUGGGCUUCCUGGUUGCAGGUCUCUGGUCUACCCCAUGAGAGCCAACAAAUGAUCCAGGACCUCCCCUUCUAGGGCUCGACCCUGUUUUCUGAGAAUAGGAUAGGAGACUUCAUAGUCUGAAGGACUCUAGGGCCACCCUAAGAUCUCUGGGACGCCACACACCAGCCACUCAGUGUAGACAUUUCAGACCUCAGCCUCCCUCCAGAUUCUGCCAAACCCAAAACCACCAGGACGCCUCUCGCAGGAGAAAUAGGAGCGGUAGAAGGAGGCAGCACUCCUCCUUGGGGCAGAGUUCUGGACAGCCCAAGCAUCUGUCCGGCCCCAGACCCCCCUUUUGAAGGUGCGGUCGAGGACGGCUAACCAGUUUAGAAUCUGGAUCCAUCCCCUCUUACCUUUUCGUCCUGUCUAUCCCCUUUCUACCAUGCUUGGUCCCGUAUCACCUCGGACUGUUAGGUGCUCCGCACGGUAGAGAGGGGAUAUUCCAUCCAAUUCUGUGCCCUCCCACCCCCCUUCCCUGUUCCUCUUCAGGGACCCCCUCAUGAGCAACUUCUAAUACAGGAAGUGCAGUCCCUCUUCUUGGUAGGGGCGGUGGAAGAGGUUCCUCAGGGGCAAAGGGGCAAGGGCUUCUACUCCUGAUAUUUCCUAAUACCAAAAGCCAAGAGUGGCCUCAGACCCUUCUGGACCUGUGGCAGCUCAAUAAGUUUGUAAAGAAACUCAAGUUCCGCAUGGUCUCGUUGACCUCCAUUAUCCCUUCAUUGGAUCCAGGAGACUAGUACGCUACCCUUGACUUGAAGGAUGCAUAUUUCCACAUAACAAUAGUUCCUCUUCACAGACAUUGUCUCAGAUUUGUGGUGAACAACAGCCACUAUCAGUUUACUAUCCUCCCUUUUGGCCUGUCAGCAGCACCUCAAGUUUUCACCAAAUGCAUGUCAGUCCGCGUGGCAUUCCUGAGCAAGCGCCAGAUUCAGGUUUUUGCAUACCUCGGCGACUGGCUGAUCAAAGGCCACUCCAGAUCCCAAGUGGAGGAUCAGGUCGGCUUCAUAAGAAGGACCUUCCUCAAACUAGGUCUCCUUCUCAACGAGGCCAAAUCCACUCUGUCCCCGGUGCAGAGAAUAGAGUUUAUAGGCGCAGUACUGGACUCAACUCAAGCCCGGGUGUACCUCCUGGAAGCCAGGUUUUGGUCUCUAGGGGACAUCAUACAGGGCCUUGGACAGUUCCCUAUGACCACAGCAAGGAACUGCCUGAAACUGCUGGGGCACAUGGCUGCGUGCACCUAUGUAGUCUAGCAUGCCAGACUCAGACUAUGCCCACUCCAGUCAUGGCUUGCGUCGGUUUAUCGACUGGUUCGAGACACUGGACAGCAUUGUAACCCUUCCCCGCCCCGUACUAGAUUCCUUUCUGUGGUGUCUCGACCCACAAGUAGUUUGUGUGGGAGUACCUUUCACCAGCCCCCAGCCAUCCCUUUCAUUAGUGACAGAUGCCUCGGAUUUGGACUGGGGGACACAUUUGGGAGACCUCAGGACUCAGCCUCUGGUCUCAGGCGGACCUCGCUCAGCAUAUCAAUGUCAAAGAGCUGAGAGCGGUGUGCCUGGCGUGCCAGGUUUUCAGAGCCCACAUAUCGGGCAGAUGCAUAUCAGUCCUCACGGACAACACCACAGCAAUGUUUUAUAUCAACAAACGGGGGUGCACGCUCCUCUCCCCUGUGCUGGGAAGCCCUCAUGCUGUGGGACUUCUGUGUAGAGCAUUCGAUACACUUGCAGGCUUCAUAGUUCCCUGGGGUACAGAACGAGCAGGUGGACAGCCUCAGCAGAUCUUUUCACAGCCAUGAGUGGUCCCUUCGGCCAGACGUAGUGAGCUUAAUUUUCCAUCUCUGGGGCUUUCCCCAGAUAGACCUGUUCACCAUGUGCAGCAACAGGAAGUGUCAACUAUUUUGCUCCUUCAUGAAUCACAGGGUUCCAUCGUGGAUGCCUUUCUUCUUCCAUGGGGGGACCAUCUGCUUUACACAUUCCCACUAGUACUGCUGGUCCACAAGGUGCUUCUCAAGGUCCACAGGGACUGGGCUUGGGACAUAUUGAUAGCUUCGGCAUGGCCGCGCCACCACUGGUUCAUGUCGCUCCUGGAAAUGUCCGUGGCAACCCCGCUCACUUUACCGCUGGUCCCGGACCUGAUCACGCAGGAUCACGGCCGUCUCUGGCACCCGAACUUAGAAUUGCUCCACUUCACAGUUUGGCUGCUCCAUGGCUGAAAGCUAUGGAACUGUCCUGUUCUGACCAAGUCAGACAAGUUCUCCUUGGCAGUAGGAAGCCCUCUACAAGGGCAAUGUACCCUGCCAAGUGGAAGAGGUUCUCUCUCUGGUCGGAGCAGCACCAUCAGUCGCUGACGCUCGCCCCGAUCCCAUUUAUCCUGGACUACCUCCUCCAUCUUAAACAACAGGCUCUGUCCAUGUCGUCAAUAAGGGUCCACUUGGCCGCCAUCUCCGCCUUCCAUCCAAGUGCAGACGGCUUCUUGGUCUUCGCGAACCCUAUGGUCAGCCGUUUUCUCAAAGGCCUCGACAGACUCUACCCGCAAACGCAUCAGCCUGUCCUGGCCUGGGACCUUAACCUGGUCCUUGCCAGACUUACAGGCCCUCCAUUUGAGCCACUGGCGAUGUGCUCCCUGCUUUAUCUCUCUUACAAGGUGGCGUUCCUGUUGGCGAUAACCUCAGCUAGGAGAGUGUCGGAGCUCAGGGCCCUUACAUCUGAGCCCCCUUACAAAGUAUUUCAUAAGGACAAGGUUCAGUUCAGACCUCACCCGGGUUUUCUCCCUAAGGUUGUCUCCCAGUUUCACAUGAACCAGGACAUCUUCCUUCCAGUGUUUUAUCCUAAGCCACAUUCCUGCGACAGGGAGCGAAGGCUUCAUUCAUUGGAUGUCCGCAGAGCGCUGGCCUUCUAUAUAGAGAGAACUAAGUCGUUUCAAAAGUCCAUCCAGUUAUUCCUAGUGGUGGCAGACAGGAUGAAGUGCAUCCCCGUCUCAUCCCAACUCAUCUCGUCGUGGAUCACAUCAUGCAUUCGGGAGUGUUACGGCCUGGCAAAGGUGCUGGCUCCGCCGCUCACUCCACCGGGGCUCAGGCCUCCUCAGUGCAUUCCUGGUGCAGGUCCCCACCCAGGAAAUCUGCAGAGCGGCAACAUGGUCCUCGAGACACACAUUUACGAGACGCUAUGCGAUCACACAACAGGCCAGAGACAAUGCGGCUUUUGGACGAGCUGUGCUCCAAUCAGUGGAUGACUUCAACCCCACCUCCUGAACUUUGGCUUGUGAGUCACCUGGUUGGAAUGGUCAUGAACAAGCACUCGAAGAAGAAGGUUACUCACCUUCUUGUAACU